AUGGCAUCAGUUCUCAGUCUUCCUGAACCGCUCCAGAGGUUCCUCAGCAAGUUCCCCUUGCACACUUACUCACCGAUUCAAGUCAUCUCAAGAUGCCCUUCGCAAAAGCCUACGCUAUGGAUUGCACCUCCUCGGACCACGGCAGUCGACCAAGCCUUUAACUCCGAUAUCCUGAGCACAGACGUCGAGUGUCUGAAAUGGCAGGCAUAUAUCGCUUUGCGUGGGCUCACUAACAUCGCUGUACGGUGGGACAUCUCUCCAGAAGGUGGGAUCGAUGGUCGGUUGCCCUGUCUACACACUCCUGUGUUUGGGGAUGUCAGCAGUGAGCUGUUAGCACCACGCUCUAUCCCUGGUUGGGUGAAUGGACAAGUUGGCGGCGGGAGCGAUCCUCUCAAUGGUUACAGUGAUGAAAUACUCAAAGACGAGAGUCAUGCAUGGGUCUCCUUGCUCGAGGGAGUAGUACAUGCUGCCUUGACUCUAUCAGAACCUCCACGACCCGCAUUAUCUCAACUCUUCCUGACAGCUAUCGCUGGAGGAAGGGCCUUGGCAACCACUCUCAGCCCACCACCUGCCCCUCUGACUGGUUUGAGUUCAGUACUGCCACCGUAUGGAACAAACAUCACACUUUCAUCCAUCCAAGGACAGUACGCAGAGGCCAUCGCUUCACUCUCGGAACGGCUUGGAACUGACCACUGGUUCCUUGGCUCAGAAAAUCCCACUGCAUUGGAUGCACUUGCAUUCGCGUACCUACACUGUCUUUUGUAUAGCAUGGACAGCACAAGAAUUGAGGUCACUCGACGCGUCAACCUUGUUGCCUGGGAGCGGAGAGUACGGACACAAGUAGAGGCAGCAUUCACCGUGGCCUAG